AUGCGGACGAGGCCUAUCCCAGCCAGCAAGCAGUCCCGCUACCUCCGUGACACGUCCAGGGCCGUCGAGGCACUCGUCCUAUCCGCCUGGUAUGCCACCACCGGCACCGGAUUGGCGCAGCCGAUUUCGCAGCUGCAGGUGCAGCUCCCGACGCUGCAGGAAGGCGCCAGCAGUCAGCAGCCGGCGAUGGCGGCGCCCGUGCUCGCGGAGGUGCUGGACGCCGUCCGCAGCAACCCAAGGCCUGAGGAGCUCCGGGCGGCGAUGAGCGAAGGCAUCCGCCAGGCAGUCUGGAAGGUGGACGGGCUGCGCGGGCUAUCGAGCCUGCUCGGGCUGGAGGAGGUGCCGGCGCGGCUCGAGACGUGGGACAUCAGCCACCUGCAGCUCUCCUCGGCGCUCGACGCCCUCUCCGAGCUCGGCGUGCGGCGCGGCGUCGCGGCGCUCGCGCUCGCUAAGCGGGAGGAGGAGAUCUACCUGCCCGGCGCCUCGGAGCCGCUCGUGCUGCCGCGUAGCUCCCCCACCCUCACGCUGCUUCGCCGGCAGCGCGACGAGGCGCACGCGUACGCGCUCCUCUCCCACCGGAGGCUGCGCGCCUCGGCCGAGCUCGCCUCGGUCCUCGACGGGUGCGGCCUCGCCGCCGCAGAGCAGUCGGCCUUGCGCGCCUCGUUUGGCUCCGCCUCUGCCUUGCGCGCCGCAAGCGUCGACGAGCUCCGCUCAGCCCUCGGGGAGGGCUGUGCCGCCGACCCGCGCCUCGUGUCUGCGCGGCUGCGCUCGCGGCCCGAGCCGGUCGCCGUCGGGUUUCACGACUCGCUCGCCGGCUACGGGAGCGCUGUGCAGGCGCUGGCCCUGUCGUCGCGCCGGAUGGGCUCGAAGGUCGAGGCGUGGGCGUCGGAGGAGCAAGCGCGCCGCUGGUGGGCGGCGCGGCGCGGCGUGUGGCUCUCGCGGCUCGAGCGCGGUGGACCCGCGGCGGAGCGAGCCGUCGACAACGCAUGGGGCUCGGAGGGCGCUCUCUCAGCCGAGCUGCCGGCGAAGGAGGGCGACUUGCUGCCCGGGGUUCUGUUUUCGAGCGCGGUGGCGAUGCCGGGCGCCUUCGAGCUGCGCGCCCCCUACCGGCCGUCGGGCGACCAGCCGUCGGCGAUCGACUCGCUCGUGGCGGACGUGCAGUCGGGCGUGCCGCGGGUGGUGCUCAAGGGCGCGACCGGCACCGGCAAGACGUUCGUGCUUGCCAACCUGAUUGCGCGCACCAACCGGCCGACUCUCAUCGUCGCGCCGAACAAGGUGCUCGCCGCGCAGCUCUACACGGAGCUGCGCUCCUUCUUCCCGACCAACGCCGUCACCAUCUUCUUCUCGCACUUUGACUUUUACCGCCCCGAGAGCUAUGCACCCGUCUCGCAAAACUACGUCGAGAAGGCGUCGCAGACCAACCCCAAGAUCGACGCGCUGCGGCACGAGGCGACGCGCUCUCUCUUCGAGCGGAGGGACACCAUCGUCGUCGCCACCGUCAGCUGCAUCUACGGGCUCGGCAUGCCCGCAGAGUACCUCGACCGCGCCACGGCGCUCUCGGUCGGGCAGCGCUGGAGGGCGGCCGAUCUGCUCGCGGCGCUCCGCGAGAUGCGGUACGAGAGGGCGGCGGGCAGGCAGCUCGGCCGCGGCGAGUACCGCGACGCAGCGACGGGGGGCAGCCUGCCGCCGCCCUCCGAGGCGGGCGCCGAGGCGGGUGCUGAGGCGCUCAUCCAGGCGGUGGCGGCGCUCAAGGAGGCGUGCGCCGAGAGGGGGCUCGCCACGGGCGGCGUCAAGGCGGCGCUCCGAGAGCGGCUCCUCUCGCACGAGGCGCUGCUCGUCGCGGCGGGCGAGGCGGGGGGCGAGGCGGGGGAGAGGGGCGACGCUGGGGCGGCCGGCGACGGGGAGGUCCCGGCCCACGUUGUGCUGUACCCAGCCAACCACUACACAGAGCACAAGGAGCGCGUGCUGCGCGAGAUCGCGGCCGAGUGCGCUUCGACGGUACGUUCCCUGCUGGCCUCGGGGCUGGUGGUGGAGGCGGAGCGGCUGCAGCUGCGCACCGAGUCGGACCUCGCCGACAUUGCGCGGGAGGGCUACUGCAGCGGCAUGGAGAACUACUCGCGCCACCUGACCGGCCGCAGGCCGGGCGAGGCGCCGCCGACGCUGCUCGACUACAUGCCCGACGACUGGCUCUUCAUCGCCGACGAGAGCCACAUCACGGUGCCGCAGCUCGGCGCGAUGCACGCAGGCGACCACUCGCGGAAGCUCAAGCUCGUGGAGGGCGGCUUCCGACUGCCGAGCGCGCUCGACAACCGGCCGCUCACGGGCGAGGAGGUGUGGGAGCGGGUUCCGCAGGCGGUGCUCGUCUCUGCCACUCCGGGCGCCGAGAUGGCCCUGCUCUGCGGCCCCUCGCCGCGCGUCACCGAGCUCGUCGUCCGACCGACCGGCAUCCCCGAUCCGCACGUGGCCGUCGUCGACGUAGCCCCACUGGGCGGCUACGAAGACCACCUCCUCGCGCAGAUCGAGGCGCGGGUGGCGCGGCGCGAGCGCACCCUCGUCACCUGCAUCACCAAGGCGUCUGCCGAGGCGCUCUCCGACUUUCUCAGCGGGCACGGCGUCUCCUCCAUCGCCCUGCACUCGGGCGUCAAGCCGCUCGAGCGGCUGCGCCUCCUGGCCCAGCUCCGGAGCGGCGAGCUCGACGUGCUGGUGGGGUGCAACCUGCUGCGCGAGGGGCUCGACCUGCCCGAGGUGUCGCUGGUGUGCGUCCUCAACGCGGACAAGCAGGGGCUGCUGCGGAGCACCACCUCGCUCAUCCAGACGAUCGGCCGCGCCGCACGGCACGUCAACGGCGUCGCGCUCCUCUACUCCGAGUCGGGACGCUCCUCCGAGGCGAUGGAGCAGGCCAUCGCCGAGACGAACCGCCGGCGCGCCAAACAGCUCGCGCACAACGAGCGCAACCUCAUCGUCCCGCGGGCCGCCGGCACGGCGCUGGGCGCAGACGGGGCGGCCGAGCCGCGCGCGCCUGACGGCGGAGGCGCGUCCAUCCUCGAGAUGCUGGCUCGCGGCGGCGGUGCUGCUGGGGACAGGGGUCCGCCGGGCGGCGACCUCGACGGCGAGGAGCGCGCGCUGUACGACGAGCUGCGCGCGUGGCGGGGGCAGGUGGCGCGCGCGGGGCGGAGGCGGCGCCCCUUCAUGAUCCUGACCGAGGCGGUGAUGCGGGGGAUCGCGGUGGCGAGGCCGUCCAGCAUGGACGAGCUGCUGGACGUGAAGGGGGUCGGGCCGAAGAAGGCGGAAAAUUACGGGGAGGAGAUUUUGCGGCUGGUGCGCGCCAGCGAGGGGCGACAGCGAGCGUGGCAGGUGAAUGGACAGAGCUUUGUCUUUGAACCAGCGGGUGGGGGUUGAGAGUGGGACUAUCAUCUGUGACGCACGCUCCAGAACUAUCAGCUCUAUACGUCUC